AUGUCUACCAUACGGACCUCGCCUCCAUACACGCCGCGUACAAAUCCAGGCAGUGUACCCACCGCAGACAUAACGCAAUACUACCUAGACGAUGACUUGACGAAGCUCGCAGGCUUCAUUACUAGUGUACCCCCGGAUCUCUUGUACAACAUAAUGUCCGCCGCGACUGAAGCCGACCUCAGAGCGCUCCUCGCCCUUAUCGACCCAUCCGAUCUACGCAUCGAGCCCGGCUACCUGAUGACCAGAACUUCGCCAAAGGCGUGGGCCGACAUCAUGGGUAGACAGUAUGCGGACCUUCAGGGCGCUGAGAUUGCGUUCUUGAAGGACCUGGACUUCAGGACUUGGGUACAUGAGGCUGACUUCAAGGAGUUUGUGGGCAGGUUCGAGAUCGUGUGGGAGAUGUUGCUUGAAAAUCAGGAUGACGUUUUCUUUUGA